CAUCUCCCCUCGUGAACUCAUGCCAAUCCUUAUGACGGAAAAGUUUUCAGACCCACCCAGGAUGCUAUAGCUAGGGGACGCACAAGAAGAUCUGGAUAACGAAACCUACAUCUACUGGUUAAAACUGUUGGAUUGUGAUCCCGACACCCCAAGGGUGUGUCGUACAUUCCAACUGUGGAAACCAUGGAUACAAACUCUGAAUGCCUAUUACCCAUCGGAUGACCCCCCCACAUGUUACAAUGAACUACUCUAUGGACAAGGAUGAAAUAUACGAUGAGGCAUGGUUUGAAGACAUGGUUGACAGAUGCCCUACGGUGCACUUAUACGUUCUCAAGGAGGGAGUGGCCACCAACUGUGUAAUGAUGGAUGGUGACGUGGAUCUCCGUGACAACUGGUUUACAAUGGAUUCAGACUCGGCCCCACAUGUUACGCUGAUGGUUGGGUUCGGAUAUGAAGCUCGUUCUCUUGGUCCUGCAAUCAAACUGGCUGAGACCCUGACAUGGACUAAAACGAAUAUCUCUAACAUGUCCACGGCCCAUAUGGGGGAAACCCAGGUAUGGACAAUAAGGAUCAACGUAGAAGACACCUCGAUCCCUGAAGUAGUACGACGGGCUCAUUUCCAUGGGAGAGAAAUGACCGCUCAUCCAGACACGGAUAACAUGCUCUCUAGGAUUUCUGAUAGGCUGUGGACCACCAGUCCAGAAGAUGUGGGUCUGGUGGAUGUGGAGCCUAUUAAAAUCCAGGUUAGGACAGAUACUCCUGCCCACCUUCCUGUCUACAGGCCUCAAUAUCCCUUGAGCGAGGAGAAGGUGAGAGGAAUUGAACCUACUAUUGCUCGGUUACAGAAUAGUAGUGUGCUGUUCCACACUACGUCACCUUGGAAUACACCCAUUUUACCUGUUAAAAAAGGAAGUACGGGUAAGUGGAGGAUGGUUCAAGAUUUCAGGCCCAUAAAUGAUGUUACAAUUCCAGACGUGAGACCUGUCCCCGAUCCUUACCUGGCACUGCAGAACAUCUCUCCAACCCAGGACUGGUUCUCUGUUAUUGAUCUGGCCAAUGCCUUCUUCUGUAUCCCACUCCAUGCAGACUCACAGCCUCUGUUUGCUUUCACCUAUCAAAAUCAAUGUCUUACUUACUCCAGAUUGCCAAUGGGAUAUUGGGACUCCCCCGGAAUUUUCAAUUCUAUCCUAAAGGAGCACCUGGAAGAACUCACCUUGCCAGAAGGGGUCACCCUUCUCCAAUACGUUGAUGACCUGUUGUUGGCCGCAUCAACUGCGGAGACCUGUCUACAGGCAACUGAGCUCCUUCUAAAACAUGUGGCCGAUAAGGGAUACAAAGUGAAACGAGAAAAAGUUCAAUGCUGUAGAAGAACCGUUCAGUUCCUGGGAAGAGUACUCUCUGGAAGAGGUCAGGCUGUGUCAUCAGCCCAGAGGACUUCUAUCCUGGAGCACCCAAAGCCCACAACUGUACAACAUCUCUUGUCAUUUCUUGGACUCACUGGGUAUAGCAGAACUCAUGUACCAGAAUACUGCUUGAAAGUUGAACCACUCAGGGCCAUACUCCGGGAGGCAGGUAACAGGAACCUAACAGCCAAGCUCACUUGGACCAUAGAAGCAGAAGCGGCUUUCAUUGCACUGAAACAAACCCUUGCCCAAGCUGAGGCUCUGUCCCUGCCUGAUUACACCAUCCCGUUUAGGUUGGAUGUUUCCGAACAGGAUGGGUAUGUUCAUUCCAUCCUUUAUCAGAAACAAAAGGGGGAGAGAAGAGUGUUACAUUACUACAGUGCACAAUUAGACAACAUUGAAUGUGGCCAAUCUGAUUGUGCAAGACACAUUUCUGCCCUGUCAAAGGCAAUUGGUAAAACUGCUCAUAUCGUUAUGAGACACCCUCUGGAAAUCAACACAGAUCAUGGAGUGACCGCAUUUAUUGGCUCUAAACUGUUCACCCUAUCGAGCAAAAGGAAAUCAAAUAUCACAAAAAUGAUAACGACCAAACACAUCACCUAUGUGACAGAGGUGACCAACAUGACUGAUGGAAUGGGGAACGGGGAACCACACAUUUGUGAGGACAGGGCAGCAAAACAAGUAAAGGUCAGAAUGGACCUACAGAAUGUCCCAUUGGAAGGAACAGCAGAGGCCCUGUUUACGGACGGCUGUUGUUACAGGUCACAGACACCGGGAGAAGGUAACAUAGCACCCUAUGCAGUGGUGAAGCAAGGAGGAAUGGCAGGAACAUACGAGGUGGUAGAAGCAAAGAAAUUGGACCCAUCUGAGGCCUCAACCCAGUUGGCCGAACUCAGAGCACUAAGGAGAGCAUUGGAACUGAGCAAAGGAAAAAGAGUGAACAUCUCUGCAUAUGACUCUGCAUAUGCCCAUGGCAUUGCACACAUUGAUGGCCCACAAUGGAUGAGGAGGGGCUAUCUGACUAGCUCGAAUGAACCCAUAAAGCACAAACAAGAGGUACAGAGAUUAAUUGAAUCAAUCCAACUACCGACAAGUGUGGCCAUCAUGAAAUGUAAAGGACACAGCAAGGAAAACACAAAGAUCGGGGAAGGAAAUGACAGGGCAGAUCUAGUGGCGAAGGAGGCAGGUGGUUAUACUACCCAACAGAUGAUACAACGGACUGAAGAGACCCAAGAUGAAUUAACCAUAGAUACUGUGAGACAGUUACAGGAGGCAGCAGAUGUGUAUGAACAAACUGUGUGGAAAAGACAUGGAGCCAGAAGAGAUCACCAAGGAAUCUGGAGAUCACACAAUGGGAAAACGGUGGCCCCCAUUAAGCUGCUCAGGUCAAUGAUACGGGAAGAACACAACAAAGCACAUGGGGGUUGGAAGAGCGUGGCAAAGGUCCUGGAAAUUGUGUGGUGGCAUCCACACAUGCAAGACAUGACAAGAGAAGUGUCAGAAAGCUGUGAAAUCUGCAAAGGUUAUAACAACAAGGUUGCACUGGGAGCAGUGAUUGGGAGUUUUCCCAUACCAGAUGCACCUUUUCAAGACGUAUGCAUUGACUUCACGGACAUGGGACAAGACAACCGAGUUGAAGGGAAAAGAUACCUGUUAGUGAUGGUGGAUAGGUUCACCAGAUGGGUGGAAGCCAUUCCAACUGCAAGAGAGGAUGCUAAGGCAGUCAUCAAGUGGCUAAGGAGGGAUCUCAUUCCAAGAUUUGGGGUCCCUCGAAUGAUCCGAUCCGACAAUGGGUCCCACUUCAAGAACAAACACCUGAAGGAGGUCGAGCAGGCAUUGGGGAUCACCCAUAAGUUUGGGUCGGUAUUUCGGCCCCAAUCUCAGGGAGUCGUGGAGAGGGCCAACCAGACUCUGAAACGAAAAAUGGCCAAAAUAAUGGCAGGAACGAAGCUAAAAUGGGUGGUGGACGUCCGAACUACUGCAGUUGAAACCACAGACGAGAACAGAGACAUCCUGGUGGGAGACUGGGUGAGAGUGAAGGUGCAUUCAAGGAAGUGGACAGAGCCCAGGUGGAAAGGCCCGUUCCAGGUGAAAGAGGUAGCGAGUCAUUCCCUGAGGAAAUCUGUUACAGAUGUAGCGAAGGCUGCUGGUAUGAUGCCUUUGUUUGAUGCUCCGGAUGGAGAUGCUGAUACUGAGUCAAACUACAGGAGAAAGAUGGGUCUGACUAAGGAUGACCCUUGGUUUGCUGUGGGUUUGAAGUUCCCGGGUGGCAAGGAGCCCACCUGGUACAAGAUGUAA